CGAGCCGGGAAGUUGCUCCCGCGGGCGCCGGACCGGAGCAACUUGUCCCUCCCGGCCUCCGGGCAGUCGGAGCUCCGGCCGCCCGGGGGCCGUACGGGAGGAACGCAAGGAGGAGCUCGGUUCGGGGGAGGGGGAGCUGAAACCGGGGCGUGGGGAAGCCGCUCCUUUCCUCCUCCUCCUCCUCCUCCCCCUCCCCCCCGGCUGCUCUAGUCUGGCAGCCAGGCGGCCGCUGCCUCCGGUCGGAGCCGCUGCAGUUGGGAAGAGCCCCCCGGCCCCCGCGCUGCCGCCGGGAUGGGGAUGCCGCUGGCGGCUCCCGGCCUCCUGCUCCUCCUGGCCGGCACCGCGGGGAUCUGCCGGGCCUUCUUCUCCCUCCCGCUCCGUGUCUCCCACCCGGCCGCCCCUGGCGGGUCGCCGCCCGCCCCGGUGGUGUUGCGGCCGGGGAGUGGGAGCCGGCAGCAGAAUCCCCUCGGUGGCGCGGACGGCUUGGCUUUGGCCUCGGAAACCGGGAGCACCCUCAACUUUUUAGCCAUGGUGGAGAAUCUGCAGGGGGACUCCGGCCGCGGCUACUACCUGGAGAUGCUGAUCGGGACCCCGCCGCAAGCGUUAAAUAUUCUGGUUGACACUGGGAGCAGUAAUUUUGCUGUAGCAGGUGUGCCUGAUCCUGAUGUCACCUCCUACUUCAAUACCAAGCUGUCAAGUACGUACAAAUCUCAAGGGAUUGAUGUCACAGUUAAGUACAGUCAAGGAAGCUGGGCUGGAGUGCUGGGUACAGAUGUCAUUACUAUCCCAAAAGGAAUCUAUGGCAGCUACACCGUCAACAUUGCUACCAUUCUUGAAUCGGAGAAUUUCUUCCUACCAGGGGUUAAGUGGCACGGGAUUCUUGGUCUUGCCUACGAUGCCUUAGCCAAGCCUUCAAGUUCCGUGGAGACGUUCUUUGAUUCUCUUGUGAGACAGGCAAAGAUCCCCAACAUUUUCUCCUUGCAGAUGUGUGGUGCCGGACUGCCUGUUUCUGGAAGUGGUACCAACGGAGGUAGUCUUGUUCUGGGUGGAAUUGAACCAAGUCUGUACAAGGGUGAUAUUUGGUACACACCAAUCAAAGAGGAGUGGUAUUACCAGGUUGAAAUUCUCAAACUGGAGGUUGGAGGACAGAACCUCGAAUUGGACUGCAGAGAGUAUAAUGCUGAUAAAGCAAUAGUAGACAGUGGGACCACGCUCCUCCGUCUGCCCCAGAAAGUCUUCAGUGCUGUUGUGCAAGCAAUAGCUCGCACAUCCCUGAUACAAGAAUUCUCUUCUGGUUUCUGGACUGGUUCACAGCUUGCAUGCUGGGAUAAAACUGAAAGACCCUGGUCCUUAUUUCCCAAGCUCUCCAUUUACCUGAGGGAUGAAAACUCCAGUAGGUCGUUUCGGAUCUCUAUCCUACCACAGCUUUAUAUUCAACCCAUCCUUGGAAUAGGAGAGAAUUUACAGUGCUACCGAUUCGGCAUCUCUUCCUCCAUGAAUGCUCUAGUUAUUGGUGCUACAGUCAUGGAAGGCUUCUAUGUAAUAUUUGACAGAGCCCAGAGGAGAGUGGGCUUUGCAGUGAGUCCAUGUGCAGAAGUUGAUGGCUCUCCAGUAUCUGAGAUUGAAGGCCCUUUCACAACAGCAGAUGUUGCAAGCAACUGUGUUUCUAGUGUUUCUUUCCAUGAACCGGUGUUGUGGAUUGCCUCCUAUGCUCUCAUGAGCCUUUGUGGAAUUAUCCUCCUUGUACUGAUCAUCCUGCUGCUUAUUCCACCACGGUGCCAGCAUCGCUACACCGACAAUGACGUGGUCAAUGACGAAUCCUCCUUAGUGCGUCAUCGAUGGAAAUGAGAAACUUGAUUGUGAAACCUGGGACUUAAACAGAAUGAAGAACAAAGUACUUUGCCAAGGGGAAGAAGCCAAUGCCUCAGCCCUUUCUACGUUCAUUACAAAUUGUUGUUGAAAUCCCGCCAAAUACCCUGCAUCAUAACUUUUUAAGCUUUAUUUUCUAACACUGAUUCUGAACCAAAGCACUGUUAACCAUGUCUUAAGUGCUAUGGUACUGGAAUUGCUACUGCAGUACAAUGAGCCUUUAUGCUCUCAAUAGUACCUUCUUUUUAAAAAGAAAAAAAAAAAAAAAAAAGGAAAAAAAAAUCCUCACACCAUGAUGUUCUUCCACUGUCUGAACAAAAUUGUCCAUCCGUCUUUCACAAAAAAGGACCUGUCAGUAUUUUCUAAUUGAGCCCUGACUGUAGAAAAAGAGAAAAAAACUUAAUAUUCUUUCUUAUUAAUUGCAUUAAAUGAAUACUGCUUUCUGUUUACAUCAAUUCAUUCUGAAACUGUACUUAUGGUGCAAGGGAGGGAGAAAGGUCAGACUUAAGCAGCAGAGAAAAGCAAGUGAGGUCAAGAAGACAUGCUGUUUGUGGGGUUUUUUUCCCUCAAGAUCACUGCUGCCACUUGAGAAGGUCACCCUUCCUGAGUGUCAUUACAAAAUAGUUUGAGGAGGUGAAAACCGGGAAACAAACUUGUUCAGCCUUAGUGUAAAACAAGACUACCUCUCUUAAUUUACAAGGAUGCUACCAAUGCUACCACUGGUAAGCAUGUGGUUUAGAACUGGUCUUGAAGCACAAGAUGCUCCAUACAACCAAAUGCAACUCCUUGGCUUUGAAGUGUAGUGGAUUUUAUAAAAAUUAAUACUUCAUGACUUUCCACUUUGGUGCACAAAAGAAGCCUUUCAGUUUUCACCCUAACGUGGGGUUUUGUGGGCUUUGUUGUGUUUUUUGAGUUGAGGAUGACUGAUAUUAAGAAAAGGCUGGUCUGCAUAUGCAUGGACAGAUGAUAAAGCUAAGGUCCGUGUUCUGCCAUCUCUUGGUAUUCCUAGUGAGCACGUAACAAAAAGGAAACAACAAAAUGAGAAAGACAGCCCUGUUUUGGGGCUGAGCUCAGCAACCUAGAAGUUCAAGGAAAAAGUAGCUGUUUUCAUGGACAGACUGUGAAGUGAAAGUCUUAAUGCUGGCUUGGUUUUUUCAACUUGAACAGCAAUUGGAAGUGUUUAGUUUAGCUUCACUGGUGUGUCAAUCAAAUGAAAAGUGUGUGUGUGUACUGACCGGCUGAAAACAAACAUGUGGUAAGACUGAAAAAACAAUAGUGGGAGGGAGCAGGGAAGAAUAUAUUUGACCAGACCUCCAUUAUGCAAGCGUACAUCUUAAUGCUGAGGUCAGAACAUGGUUUUUUCUUUACAGAUAGGACAAUUUUUCUUGUAUUUAGUCAGUGACUGUUGCAGGACCUCCACUGCUUUUCUAUAACACUGGCAUAGUGGAUUUGAAAGAUAAACAAUGCAAGGUUGAGGAGUCCAGUGAUAACUAUUAGUUGGGGGGGUGGAAAUUCCUUUGCAUUUCAAUAGCAGAGCAGUCUGCUUAUGUGUGGGAAACAAGGAGAGAAAAAAAAGGAAGCUUAGCUCUGCAUCUCCCAAUCCCUUGCCUAGAAAAUUUUCUGCCUAUAAUCCCUUCAUAUAGCUUUCUGAUUCACACUGCCUCUGCAUCCAACUCUACUUAGAAUAAGCAAAGAUUUUUUUUUCAGGAAUGGUGCUUUUACAGAGGUGCACAUAAAGUGUGUGAAAAUAAAGCACUGUUGGGUUUUUUUUUUUAAACUAACUUGUGUUUUUCACUUCAUAACUGGAAGUGUGUGUGGUUUUCUCUCCUUUUUAAUUCUUGCACUUUCAGAUUGCUUGGCUGAAUAGAGUGAAAUAAUUGGUGUUGUGAUCCAAUGUCUGAAAAUUAUUUCUCUUGGAAUUAGGAGUUGGGAAAAGGAAAUUUUGAGUUUGUUUCCUUCUUCCUCUGCCUUCUAUUUUUAAGCGGAGAAAAAUGAUGCAUUAUAAGGAAUGUAAGAAGCUAUAUAGUUUAGGUGUUUUCUCCCUAUUCUAUUUUCUGUACUUCUCUCUCAACAUCUUAUAAUUAGAAUUUUUAGUACAUGUUAUAAUAAGAAGUUCCCUUGAGCUUUUCUUAUAGCAAUAGACUUUGCUGUAAAAAGAGAGAGCGAUGUUUCCAAUUCAGUGAUUCAGUUCCAUGUCAUCCUCCUGGGUUUGGUUUGAUACAUAACAAAUAAUUUCAAAGUUGUUGUAUUCCUUCUCCAGUACAGUAAUGCUUCUGUCACCUGUUUCAAACAGAAACACAAUGUGAAUGUUUGGACUGAUACAGUGGUAAACAAUGAGCCCUUUUCCAAUUCAGAAAGGAAUAACACUUGCGUGCUCUUAAAACAUUUCUUAACUGCUUCUCUCUCCCCAGGCCCUCCUAUCUCCUUACCACUAAGAGUUUUAGGAAGGAAUUUACUGGGAAAGGUUCCUAGUAUGCUUUCUAAUGACAAGCAAGAUUUCUUCCGAGUUGCUUAACAAAGUCUUUUUAGUGCACUGGAUUUCAUAUAAAAGUCAUUCAGUUUUACCCUUUCACUUUGAAUGUCAUUGGUCAAGACAUUUUAAUAUAAACACUUGAAUUAUAUGAGCAAUAAUAAAGUAGCACAAGUGAAAUAGUAAUAUAUUCUUUAGUUUUCAUGGCAUCCCUUGCCACUAAAAUUUGGCUUAUAGUAAAAAUGCUGUUAGUGACAUCUGCUAGCAGCACAAACUUCAUCUCAGCUUGUAAAUUGAUACUUACGCUGGUAGAUAUUCAGGUGAGUAUUGCUUUGUUGCUCUGGCAACUAGAAGAGCAAUAGAAACCCUUGAGGGCUCAUUUUUAGCCUACAGCACAUUAAGAAAAAUAAUGCUCUUGAGCAUUUUUCUAUGAAAGAUGAAAUACAACGAUAGACUACAGUGUUACCAAGUGUGUCUUACUAGUGAUCUCUUUCCCUGACAUAUUUUCUUUUAAAGGAGAGUGCUGUGAGGUAUUUUAUACUCCUGUUAACCAACUUCAGAGAUAAGAUUAAACCAUACAUUUUUUUUUGGGGUGGGGGGACGACGACACACGACACGGACGGACAACAGAAAACAGAGCUUUGAGUAAAGAUGGUGCUGGAAAAUAUUCUCUAUUUAUUAUGGAAGACAGGAUGUUCCACAUCACAGCACUCCAACUCAGUUCUUGUGCACGUAUCAAUAUUUUUUGCAGAGCCAGUGUUUUCCUAAUGUGAAUGCAAUAUCAUGUACCAUGAAAAUGUCAGAAAGCUGUGUUUCAUUGGGUGCAGCCUUUUAGGUAAUUGAUGCUAUCAGUUCCAUCAUUAGGGAUUUGAAGAUGUGUGAUUUGAGUUCAAGUAGUUAAACCUGAGUUCAGGCAUGGGAAUAGGUUAGUUCUAUCCCACUGCCUUCACAAGUUUUAGAAAUAUUAUCAUGGGCUUUUUGGCUCAAUUUAAAUGCUGAAUAAAAUAGAUGAAGAAUUUUAAUGACUUCUUUUCAUGUUCUGUAAAAGAAGUUAGGUAGAGGGGAUUGGUCUGUUUUUAAGGUGAAAGAGCUUGUAUUUAGGAUUUUUAUGUUGGAUCAACGUAAACAACAUAUCAAGCUAGUGUACCAUUCUAGUCUGAUGCUGCGCAGGUUAACUAGUGGUAAUCACAGAGCUAUGGGUUUUGGUAUCUCUUGUUAACAUCUGUGUUGCUUAACAAUAGUUAACUCUCUAUCAGUUAAAGUCAACCUAUGGGUAUUCUACCCAGUUACUUGCUGCGCAUUGGCUGGCCAUGUUUCACUGAAAGAUGAGUCAUUUGUAUGCUAACCUUUUCCUUUUAAAUAUGAAAAAGCUUAUGAGAGUUGCUUAACACAGCACUUUUUCAGAGAGAGCGGCCCUUAAAUUUUCUGAUAAUCCAGGAUGAUUGUGCUGCUGAAAGCUUCCUUGACUUCUGUACAGGUUUCCAACAACUAGGUUGGUUGUCAUAUCCUGAUCUCAGACAUGAGCCUCAUAUAUAUAAGGAGUAAUAUGAGCUGCAUAAGGAAGGGGUCUGGUACAAUGACCUUUGGAGGUGAAAGUAAAGGAAACUCUGAAAGAGAAAUAAGGAAGCUACCUAUAACUUCAUCAAAAAUUUUAAAAGCAUAACAGAUUGAUCCUUUUAAAAAAGGUCUGUACAAUUUAUCAAGACAUUAGUUCCUGUCAAACUUGGCUCCCUGAUUGAUAAAUUGUUAAUUUCUGGCUGCUGAAGUUCUUGCUGCUGUUCAGAGAAGUGAAGACAGAUUGGUAAUUGGAUACAAGCAAUCUUCUGAGCCAGUCAGAUUUUCUGGUUUCUGGGGCCUGAUUAGACAUUAGGCCAGGCUUGUGAGUAAUCCAGAGUCCUGGUAAUGGCUCCUCAGAAAUGCUAUCUGCAGUAUAAUUGUUAGCUUCAGCCAAACCCCUGGGUGAGAUGAAUCCAUACUGCAAAAGCCACUGCUACUACUUGCACUAACUGACAGAGCGCCUAUAGUGAGCUGAAGCUGGCUGGUGUUGUGAAAUCACAAUAAUUGAGUCUUCUACCAGACUGCCAGAACAAGGUGAGGUAUCUUGGUGGAGCAGAAUGGGAGAGUGACUGCAGCUGCUGACAAGCUGCUCUAAGUGUAACAUCAGUCAUUCACCUGGCUUCUUUGGUAAGCGUUCACUUGUCUGAAUAUUUUGAUAGCCAGUGUGCUCUAAGGUGCUUAUUGCUGCUUCUGGGAAUCAUCCACUCACAGGUGAAUAAGGGGCAUGAUCAUCCUGAAGUAGAAUCAUUGACCAACUAUUGAAUAUUCCCCUCUCUAAAUAAAGCACAUAGUGAUGUCUCACCAGCAGCAAUAGUCUGUUUGUAAGCAGCAAAACCUGUUAUUUUAAAGCAUGUUGACAUCAGUGACUGUACAGUCAUAAUACAAGAAUGUUUUGUGUUUGCCUUUUUUUAGUGUUUUUUUUCUUUUUCUUUUCACUGUAUCUAGGCUUUGGCUGGGUCUUUGUGGUCAAGUAGUUUUUGAAAUACUGGGAAUUUCAGAUUAGACUACAAAGGCAUAUAGAGGAUUUAUUUUAAGCUAGACAAAAAGUAAAACACAGAAGGUAAUUUCCAGCAUUUAAAAGGCAGUAGCCCUCAAUAAUAGUCUCUCUCUUUUUAAAUUGAUGAUAAACACUUAAAAUAAUGUAUUUUAGUAUAGCCGCUGUCCUACUAAUUCACUGGAUGUAAAUCUUUCAAUUUUUCUGAUUGUCUUCUGGCCCCCUGUUGUGGUUUAACCCCAGCUAGCAACUAAGCCCCACAUAGCUGCUCACUCUCUCCCCCGUGGUGGGACGGGGAAGAGAAUCAGAAGAGUAAAAGUGAGAAACUAUUGGCUUGAGAUAAAGGCAGUUUAACAGGCAAAGUAAAAGCCAUGCACACAAGCAAAGCAAAAACAGGAAUUCAUUCACUGCUUCCCAUUGGCAGGGCUCCAUAACGUGUAAUGGUUACUUGGGAAGACAAGCACCAUCACUCUGAACAACGCUGGGCAUGAUGUCACAUGGUGUGGGAUAUCCCUUCGGUCAGUUGGGGUCAGCUGUCCCAGCCGUGUCCCCUCCCAACUCCUUGUGCACCCCCAGCCUGCUCGCUGGUGGGGUGGGGUGAGGAGCAGAAGAGGCCUUGACCCUGUGUAAGCCCUGCUCAGCAGUAACUAAAACAUCCCUGUGUUAUCAACACCGGUUUCAGCACAAAUUCAGAUCGCAGCCCCCUACUAGCUAUGAUGAAGAAAAUUAACUCUACCCCAGCCAAAACUAGCACCACCCCCUCAUUGCUCCACCCCUACCUGCCACAAAUAGUUCCUAAAGGUGAAGACCUCAAUAUCCAAAAUUCAGCCAAACAAAAGUUACGGGGUUUUUUGUGACCGUUCACAGACUUGUUUUAAAGUCGUUUAUAAGGCUUUAGAAACCAACUUUAUGUUAAAAAUACUUGCAUUAGUAUUAGGAGGAGAAUGUGAGCCAAAGUUAAUCUGUGUCAGUGAUCCCCACAUUUGUCUGUGUGCAAAGAACUCCUUUGUGCAUUUGACUACAUUUUCUAGCCCUCUUUCAAUUUCCACUUGGGCAUAUUUAACCACUUGGUCUUCCUCAGUGGUCCUGUACGUUUUCUGUUUCCUCUGUCCUGAUGAAGUACAGGGGUGGAGUGGUGGACUGCAAGGAGCUGGGAGAGUUAGCGCCAUUAAUUCCUUGAAGGCCUUGCUGGUUUUUGUCCUACCACCAACUGUAGUGGACCCUUACCCGCUGUUGGAUCGUCCUGCUGUCUCAGGCAGUUCUGGUUUUUCCAGUCGAGCAACUCAGCCUACUCUGAUUUUAGUGAUGUGUACUUAGGCAAAAUACUUGAAUAAGGUACAUUGUUUGUAACCAUCCUCUCAUCACAUCUGUCUUUGAAGAGGGAAAUUUUCACAAAGCCAUGUCAAACCUGCAGAGGGUGUGUAUAUUCCUGUGUUGUUAGAGAGGAAUUACAUAGUUGAAUAUUUAAAUGGCUGUAUUUGUAACAUAGCUGUCCUUCAUAAAAUUCCAGGGGGAAAAAAAUGGACUUAAGCAAGUCACGUUGAAGUGGUACUGAAAAGACAGCUAACAAUUUCUUGAUAGCACCAAGGCAUAGAUUACUGCAGUAGGUCCCGGAAAAAAGUGCUUUGCUAGCCUAUGCUCUGUGUGUGCAUAAACUAUACAAGGCUGAGUGUUUAAAUAAGAUUUAUCUGAAACAGGCAGUUCACAUUUUUUAUUGAAAACUUUAUAUGGAGAUGCAGAAAUCUUUUAAGACUUUAACACUACAUCAACUGUUAUUUGAUAGUUUUUUAGGAAGCAUGGAAAGGAUUUCAACUUUAAGAAAAUUAUUCCAUCUUGUAGAGGCUGUUGUUCACCUGAUUUUAUUUUCUUUUAAUAGAUGAGAUGUAACAUUGACUGAAAGGAAAAUGGGAUCAAAACUUUGAAAAAAGGGGCGCAGACUUUUUAAUUCAGUCAUCAGGUGAUGUUAGGAUGUCUGUCCCACUUACUGUCAAGCCUCAUUACUGAAUUUUCCAGAAGCUGAUAUUUUGUACUUUCAGGUCUUGGCAUUUUCAGAUAUAAAGUAUGUAAAAAUCAAAUUUUCUGUUGCUUAAAAUAAAUCAUUAAUUCUUCCAACCUA